AUCCGUGAGUCGAGAGGGAAGAGGGAAAAGAAAGAAAUCCUCAUAAGGCAACCCCAGCCUCCUGUGCCCUGAGAGAAGCCGCGGGUCAGCAGACGCAGAGAUGGCGCGCCCGGGCCUCCGGCUUUGCCUGCUCUCCGCGACUGUCUUCUCCCUGCUGGGUGGAGGUUCAGCGUUCUUGUCACACCACCGCCUGAAAGGCAGGUUUCAGAGGGACCGCAGAAACAUCCGCCCCAACAUCAUCCUGGUGCUGACGGACGACCAGGACGUGGAGCUGGGUUCCAUGCAGGCGAUGAACAAGACGCGGCGCAUCAUGGAGCAGGGCGGGGCGCACUUCGUCAACGCCUUCGUCACCACGCCCAUGUGCUGCCCCUCGCGCUCGUCCAUCCUCACCGGCAAGUACGUGCACAACCACAACACCUACACCAACAACGAGAACUGCUCCUCGCCCUCCUGGCAGGCGCAGCACGAGAGCCGCACCUUCGCCGUGUACCUCAACAGCACGGGCUACCGGACAGCUUUCUUCGGGAAGUACCUGAAUGAGUACAAUGGCUCCUACGUGCCGCCUGGCUGGAAGGAGUGGGUCGGCCUCCUUAAAAACUCCCGCUUUUAUAACUACACGCUCUGCCGGAACGGGGUGAAGGAGAAGCACGGCUCCGAGUACUCCAAGGACUACCUGACAGACCUCAUCACCAACGACAGCGUGAGCUUCUUCCGCACGUCCAAGAAGAUGUACCCGCACCGGCCCGUCCUGAUGGUCAUCAGCCACGCAGCCCCCCACGGCCCCGAGGACUCGGCCCCCCAGUACUCACGCCUCUUCCCCAAUGCGUCCCAGCACAUCACGCCGAGCUACAACUACGCGCCCAACCCCGACAAGCACUGGAUCAUGCGCUACACGGGGCCCAUGAAGCCCAUCCACAUGGAGUUCACCAACAUGCUGCAGCGGAAGCGUCUGCAGACCCUCAUGUCCGUGGACGACUCCAUGGAGACGAUCUACAACAUGCUGGUGGAGACGGGCGAGCUGGACAACACCUACAUCGUGUACACCGCCGACCACGGCUACCACAUCGGCCAGUUCGGCCUGGUCAAGGGGAAGUCCAUGCCGUACGAGUUCGACAUCAGGGUCCCGUUCUACGUGAGGGGCCCCAACGUGGAGGCUGGCUCUCUGAAUCCCCACAUCGUGCUCAACAUCGACCUGGCCCCCACCAUCCUGGACAUCGCAGGUCUGGACAUCCCCGCGGAUAUGGACGGGAAAUCCAUCCUCAAGCUGCUGGACACGGAGCGACCCGUGAAUCGGUUUCACUUGAAAAAAAAGAUGAGGGUCUGGCGGGACUCCUUCCUGGUGGAGAGAGGCAAACUGCUCCACAAGAGGGACAGUGACAAGGUGGAUGCCCAGGAGGAGAACUUCCUGCCCAAGUACCAGCGCGUGAAGGACCUGUGUCAGCGCGCCGAGUACCAGACCGCGUGUGAGCAGCUGGGCCAGAAGUGGCAGUGUGUGGAGGACGCCACCGGGAAGCUGAAGCUACACAAGUGCAAGGGCCCCGUGCGGCUUGGGGGUGGAGCCCUGUCCAACCUGGUGCCCAAGUACUACGGGCAGGGCGGCAAGGCCUGCUCCUGCGACCGCGGGGACUACAAGCUCGGCCUGGCCGGACGCCGGAAGAAGUUCUUCAAGAAGAAGUACAAGGCCAGCUAUGCCCGCAACCGCUCCGUCCGCUCUGUGGCCAUCGAGGUGGACGGCAAGGUGCACCACAUAGGCCUGGAUGACACGUCCCAGCCCCGCAACCUUACCAAACGGCACUGGCCAGGGGCUCCUGAGGACCAAGAUGACAAAGACGGCGGGGACUUCAGUGGCACUGGGGGCCUUCCAGACUCCUCAGCCCCCAACCCCAUUAAAGUCACACAUCGAUGCUACAUCCUGGAGAACGACACAGUCCAGUGUGACCUGGACCUGUACAAGUCCCUGCAGGCCUGGAAGGACCACAAGCUGCACAUCGACCACGAGAUCGAAACCCUGCAGAACAAAAUUAAGAACCUGAGGGAAGUCCGAGGUCACCUGAAGAAAAAGCGGCCAGAAGAAUGUGACUGUCACAAAAUCAGCUACCACAGCCAGCACAAAGGCCGCCUCCAGCACAAGGGCUCCAGUCCUCAUCCUUUCAGGAAGGGUCUGCAGGAGAAGGACAAGGUGUGGCUGUUGAGGGAGCAGAAACGCAAGAAGAAACUUCGCAAGCUGCUCAAACGGCUGCAGAACAACGACACGUGCAGCAUGCCGGGCCUCACAUGCUUCACCCACGACAACCAGCACUGGCAGACGGCGCCUCUCUGGACACUGGGGCCCUUCUGUGCCUGCACCAGCGCCAACAACAACACGUACUGGUGCAUGAGGACAAUCAACGAGACCCACAAUUUCCUCUUCUGUGAAUUUGCAACCGGCUUCCUGGAGUACUUUGAUCUCAACACAGACCCGUACCAGCUGAUGAACGCCGUGAAUACACUGGACAGGGACGUCCUCAAUCAGCUACACGUACAGCUCAUGGAGCUGAGGAGUUGCAAGGGUUACAAGCAGUGCAACCCCCGGACUCGAAACAUGGACCUGGGACUUAAAGAUGGAGGAAGCUAUGAACAAUACAGGCAGUUUCACCGUCGAAAGUGGCCAGAAAUGAAGAGACCUUCUUCCAAAUCACUGGGCCAACUGUGGGAAGGCUGGGAAGGUUAAGCAGUGCAAGACGGACCUCCAAAAACAGAGGCAUCAUCUGCCUGUACAGACAACGAGAAACCAUGUAUGAUUUCAAGGCCAAGAGGCCUGAGAAACGCAGAACCAGCCUUCGGUCAACAUGGCAGAUUCCAGAAGAGACCCGUCAGAGUCGUGCUACUUCAGGAUGCCCACUUUUGCCCCUGCUUUUGCUUUGGAUUAUACCUCACCAGCUGCACAAAAUGCAUUUUCCCAUCAAACAGUCGCCACUAACCCCCUCUGAGAGGCUCAUGAGGGAAAAAGAACAGAAAGAGAGAUUUUCUUGGAAAUUUCCCCCAAGGGUGAAAGUCACUGGAAUUUUUUUUAAAUCACAGGGGAAGAACAACUCUGUUUUAAAUCCUCUUAUUCUUUUGGUUCAUCACAAAGAAGGAACUAAGCAGGACAGAGGCAACUUACUUGCAGAUGCUGGAAAUGGUGCUCCGAGUUCGACAAUGAGUCAAUAGCACAAAAGAAGUGACGUUUAUCCAGCCCUAUAGCCCUGGCUGCCUCUGAAGAAACUGCCUUCACUGUACAUAUGUGACUGACUGUUUCCAUGUAACCAGCGUGUGAACUUUUAGGGGAAUCUGACUAAUAAGAAAACCCAAUUUUCAAGAGUGGUGGUGUCAAUAAACGCUCUGUGGCCAGUGCGAAAGAAAACUCCUUGCAGUUGUGGACAUUUCUGUUCCUGACCAGAUACCCUUUCUCCCAGUAUUCCUUUGUUGUUUGUCCCAGAACUGAUGUUUUUUAAAGUACUGAAGUUGAUGUACAUCCCAAGUUUUAACGCAAUUGUAUUUGUAAAGAAAUUUUGUAGUCUAAGUAUUGUCAUACAGUGUCCAAAACCCCAGCCAAUGACCAGCAGUUGGUAUGAGGUAACCUUUGACAUUUUGUAAAAGGCCAUUCUUGGGA